AAAAUUCUACCCUACAGAGCUUCCCGUCGUCGCUCACUCGAUGCGCUCCCACAUUUGUUUGCCAAGGCAAGUGAGAGAGCACAUGUUAUACAGCAGUAACUGCACACAGUUAGUGAAUAUUUAACCCUGAAGUUUACGGAAAGAAGUUAACUGAUCGAUAAUAACAAACAUAUUAUCGAACUUUAGGAACAGCAGGGCAAGGAUAUCUGGCAUUCGCCAGGAUGCAUUUUUCCGGCUGUCUGUGUGCCCUCCUCGUCGCGCUUGUCUACCAAGUGAGCGGUAUGGAUACAGUUAUCGGCCUGUAUGGAGAGACCAUUGAGGUGCCAUGCAACAAUGGAGCCCCCAAACCAAAGGACCUGUUCAUGACCAAAUGGAAAUACGACGAUGGAGACCUGCUGACCCAGCUUAAAGACCAGGACGCCUCUGUCAUAGCCACUGACAAGUACAAGGACCGUGUCAGCAUGGCCGAAAACUCCAGCCUGCUGAUUGCUGCAGCAACACUGAAGGACGAGAAGACUUUUACUUGCAUGGUGGUGGCUGGGGCUGACAUCUCAGAAUACCCAGUCAAACUCCUUAUCCACAAGGCUCCAACCGGAGUGGAGAUCACAGCCCUAGCCACGGAGCUGGAGAUUGGCAAACCAACUCAGCUAGGGCAAUGUAGCACCUCUGAUGCCAACCCAGCUGCCAGCAUCACAUGGUUCAAGAACAAGAAACCUCUGGUGGCUGAUGGGAAAGGCAUUAUAAUCAGUUCCAAAGUAAAGGUGGACGAAGUCACUGGCCUCACCACCACCUCCUCCAUUCUGCAGUACACAGCUGAGAAGGGAGACACAGCAGCUCUGUUCACCUGCGGGGCUUUGAAUACCUUGUCCUCUCCAGUCUCCUUCACUGUCACCUACCCCACAGAGAGGAUCAGUCUGCAUGUCAUUUCGAAAGGGCCCCUAAUGGAAGGAUCCAACGUGACUCUGAAGUGCAAGGCCGACGGGAACCCACCUCCCACCAGCUUCAACUUCCACAUUCUGGGAAAGUUGGUGAAGGUGGAGAACUCUGACUCCUACACUGUGACUGAUGUCACACGUGAAAGCACAGGGGAAUACAAGUGUUCUAUCAUUGACAAUGCCAAGAUGGAAGAUUCCAAGAACAUUACCAUCAAUUACUUGGAUAUGAGUUUGAGCCCCUCAGGGAAGGUUAUGAAGAGCUUUGGCGAAGGCUUGGCUCUGACCCUGCAGACCCAUGCAUCUGGAGAACUUAAGGUGUCUUGGACUAAGGACAAUGGCAAGUUGGACAGUCGUCCCACAUUUGACAAGUUGACCUACUCUGAUUCUGGAAAGUAUGAGGUUGUGGUCACCAUGGGUCCUCUUGUCAAGAAAGCCUCUUUUGAGCUUGUCGUUGAAGGUGUUCCAGUCAUUCGCCGGGUGGCCAAGCGGCGUGGCGAGGACGGCCAGCAUAAGGUACUUACCUGCGAGGCUGAGGGCUCCCCCAAACCCACUGUGGCCUGGAGCGUCAACGGUACCUCGGCUGAUGAGAGUCCCUAUGUCAAUGGAAAGAUCACACACAAGCUGACCAUUGUGCCUACAGUCAACCUGACCGUUGUCUGCACUGUGUCCAAUGAGCUUGGCCAGGACACCAGGACUAUUAACGUGUCGACCUUAUUUGAGGAGGUGAGAAUGGAUAAACAAGACUCAUCCGAUGAGGGUGACACAACAAAGUUGGUGGUAGGAGUUAUUGUUGGUCUGCUCCUGGCCACCGUAGUUGUGGGUCUAGCAUACUGGCUGUACAUGAAGAAAUCCAAGCAAGGCAGCUGGAAGACCGGUGAGAAGGAGGAUGGAUCCACUGAGGAGAGCAAGAAACUGGAGGAGAAAAUUGAAGAAAAGCUGGAGGAGAACAGCCAGAAAGUUGAGGUGUAAAGAAAAUAAAUGUUUAAAGAAUGAGAGAAAAAAAGUGUGGAAGCAGCAACUAGAAGAUUUUGCACACUUCUGUUAAAAUUUUAAAGGGGGCAUUGAAUUGGAUGAAGAUCAUUUGGAUUCGGACUUAUACACAAAACUUUGUUUCCUCUCAAUAUUGAAUGAAAAAAACUGGCUAAAUGAGCGGAUAUGUUUUGUACAUAAGCCUAAAUUGUCUACACUCUAGAUAAAUGCAUUAACUUUCCUACUAUAAUAGUUUUUGUUUCAAGUGUUGGUUAAGAGGGAUUUGGUCAAAUUGAGAAAAAUUACAAUUGGAGUGUCUGGCUUGGAUUUAAUUAACAUUGUUCCUGGUAGAAUUACUACUGGACCAGUUGCCUUUUCUGUAAGGAUGUGUACAUUGGCCGAUACCUCCCUGACUCUCAAUGCAUCCCGAAGAGCUGAAGGUCUUCACCGCAGUUACGUCUCAGUUCCAUAUCAUCAACACAACCAAACAACCAUCCACACAACCACAGUCAGUGCAUUUUGUCUGUUUUUAAUGGCACAUACACUGCCAUUUUUUGUAGUCUCCAUUGGGAAAAUAAAUUGUAGAAAUGUUAAUGAAAGGGCUAAGGGUAUAGGCUACAUAAACAGCUCUGGGUGUUGUAAGGUAAUAUGAGUUAAGCAUUAUACCAAGAUGCAUUGCCUUGGAAGUAGAGGAUCUGUUGUACAAAUUAUUUCAUGACAUGUUUCAUGGUUCCUGUUUAUUUCUUCUUUUUUUAAAUACCAUCAAAAGUAUCAGGAGAUUGAGUCAUGCUGUUAGGCAUCCAUUACACUCUUACCAUUUGUUUGUGUAUCAGUGGGUCGUGUUUAAUUUGAAUGUAACCACUACAUUACAGAAUAUGUCUUAUCUCAGUUGUGUUCAUAGUGUUUAUUUCUGUGCAUUCAUGUCAUUUUGUUAUGUGGAAAGAGACAAGUUGUCCAGCAGUUGGUCAGUGUUAUGAGGAGCAUUUAAUGAACCUGUAAAUAUAUCAGAUCUGGAUGUAAUUGUGAUUUGUUUAGGUUAUUUUUCGCUAUUUAUAUUGUUCAAGAUUACACAAUUAGCAUCUCUGUUAGUUAUAUUCAAUUAUUCUCACAAAUUCCACCACUUAGUUUUAAAGGUACUGAACAAUUGAUGGUACUUUCUUGCAGGUAUUUGACAAUGAUAAUUAUAAUGUAAGCCUUCUGUGGAUUUCUAUGAGAUUUACCACAUGAGAUCUCAUACUGUCAGCUGGCUGUUUGUUUCCUACAUUGUAGUUAAUCUGAAACCAUCAAAUUGGAAAUAAGACCAAAGAGGGUAAAUGUUGCCAUGCAAGUAUUGUAAAUACUGGCUUUUGUUUUUGUACUUUUGUUUAAAAUAAAGUGUAGCCUACAUUUUGAA